UUAGGGGUGGGAAUAGCACCGGCGUAACUGUGCGUUAUACAGUCUGUUUGGUUCCAGCCCGCCUUCUAUGAUUUGAAUUCAUUCAUCGCGGGACUCAGAAUGGAGGAGUCGGUGCAAAAAGACUCACAGGAAAAACAACUAGAAGAACAAAAAGAAACAUUUCAAGAAGAAGAAGUGGAAUAUAAAAGCCAAAAUGAGCAAGGUGAUUUUCGGCGCCGGCUGCGGGACAGAGACCUUCUGAAGAAGAGAAAGGCUGAAGCAGAGGAGAAGGAGACUGAUGAAUGGGAUUUUGGGACGGAGAGUCCACAGAAGAGAGCGAGGAGUGGGGCCAAAAGAGGAAGAAGAAGAGGAAGACCGCGGAAGACUGAGCCGAGUGUGAACCCUGAUUCACAGUAUGAAAGUGUUCUGGUUCAGGAUGCUCCUGCAGUAGUGACAGAGGCUGUACCUGUCUAUGAAGAACUUACUCCUGCACCACCACCACUUGUCAUUGCCUUGGGACGUGCCGUGGACAUAGCUCCCGCUGUGGUCCAAGAUGUCUCCCCAGCUGCAGACUCUGCUUCUCUUCCAGUGCCCCCUGUCCUCAGAGGGCCCAUGUUCACAGAGCUUCAGACUAAACCUGCACUAGACCAGGUCCUGAUCGAAGACCUGGGUCCUGAUGAGGCGGAAGAUCUUCCAUCAAAGGAAGAACAAGCUGAUGAAGGUUACAGUGAGAAACCAGAGAUCAGCACAGCAGAAACUACGUUUCUCUCAGACCCGACAUCGUCAUCUGCACCUCCACCUCAACAGGAAUAUGUGCCUGGGAAUUCAUAUUAAUUCACUUUUCUUUUUUUAAUUUAAAGUUACUUUUAUAAAGAAUGUCUGAUUGCAUCCAUGCCGGUCAACACCAGUGACUUUUUCUAUGAUGCUGACUACUAGCAGACUAAAGACUAAAGACUAAAGACUACUGCUUUGCUUAUUUAAAUAUGGAUUUUAUACAAACCUUCAGAUUUAUUUAUUUAAGGUUUGUGUCUUGACUUUUUUCUUACAUUAAAAAGGCUGUUUUAUUUUGGUUGCUUUUGUUUAAUUAUGUGAACUCUUAGUUGAAAAAGUUGUUUUUGAUGAACUAAAUAAAGUGCCGUGCAUGUUCAUAUUUUAA